UCACGUUGUUGAACGAAAGUCAUCAUCAUCUUUCAUGAACAAACCUUCUACAGAUUCGCACCUGGAAGUUAUCGGAUCCUCGAGCAGCUGAUCCCAAUUCAAUUUUCCCAAAUCGUUCAUCCCUCUUCCUCCGAGGCUAUGGAGACGGAGAUGGACUUCUCCGACGGUGAGCAAACCAACAGAGCUUCUCUCGUGGCUCGUUACGGCAACUCGUCCGUUGAGCAUCACCUGCCUGGCUACAUCUUCAUGUGUAACGGCAGGACCAAACCCGAUUGCUUCCGUUACCGCGUCUUCGGGAUCCCGAGAGGUGGGAAAGGAGUUGUCGAGCGGAUCAAACCGGGGAUGAAGCUGUUUCUGUAUGACUUUGAGAAGAGGCUACUCUAUGGUGUCUAUGAGGCUACUGUUGGUGGGAAGAUGGAUAUUGAGCCUGAUGCUUUUGAUAAGAUGUAUCCUGCUCAGGUUGGGUUUAGGAUUGUUGAGAAUUGUUAUCCUUUGCCGGAGAGUACUUUUAAGUCUGCUAUCUAUGAGAAUUACAAAGGGGGAAAGUUUAAUCAAGAGCUUGCUCCUCACCAAGUGAUGUCUCUGCUAUCAUUGUUUCGUUCAUUUGCUGCACCACAACUCGAUGCAUUACCUCAUAGAUUCGCUUCUGGAGCCUCAGCAUCAUCCAGGGAGCUAUCUUUCGAGGAACGGUUCAUUGCUGCUACACAACUUAAGAAAGCUUCGUCAGUUUUGGAUCCUUUGUCUGCUCGCUCACAUCUGCUUAAUCAUAGUUACUCCAGACAAGAUGGCGGCUACACAACCCCAGUUAGAGAAAGAGGAUAUCUCUCAAACUUGGAUCAGCCUUAUUCUCCUGCAGAAAGUCAGCAGCAACGGUUGAUAGGAGACCCUUCACGCUCAUCUAUACAAGAUCCUCAGCUCAAAUACCUUACCAUUUUAUCUAAUAUCCGGAGAUAUGGAAGUGCACCAGAGCCCUUGUCCUCAGAAAAUGAAUAUCACCCGGAAGCACCAUCAGAGAAAAAUCAAUUUGCUUCACCUUAUUCUGAUAAGAAGUAUUACCUUUCGACGUUACCUGGGAAUGAGCACUCGUCUGCAUCUGCAGCUAACGGGAGUGUGUAUAGAGGUGAGCUCUAUGCUUCAGCAUCACAAAAGGAAAGGGAAGCUAGUCAGCAGCAUGAGGUCCUUGCUGGGACCUAUUAUCACCCAGAAGCAUCUACAGCUCCAAAUGCCACAGCGUCCAUUCAGGCAGUUAAUGCUGCAACAGCUGGCUAUCCUACACCGGCACAUGGUGAAGCCUCACAACCAGCUGCUGGAGCAACUGAUUACGCAUACAAACCUCAGACCAUAACUGGUAAUUACACCACCACUCAUUCACAGCCUGGAAGUGUGGGAGAAAGUACAGAAUCAUAUGCGGGAGCAGUUAGUUAUCCACCACAGCAACAUACUCAACUCUAUGCUGGUGGACCUGGAUAUACUCAACAACCCCAUGAAACUGCGUACGCUCAGCAACCCUAUUCUGCAGCAACUGCGUACGCUCAGCAAAACCAUGCUGCUUCAACUGGGUACGCUCUGCAACCCCAUGCUGCAACAACUGGGUAUGCUCAGCAACCCCAAGAUGUAGCUGCUGGAUACGCUCAACAACCCCAUGCUGCAACAACUGGAUACGCUCAGCAAUCCUAUGAUGCAGCAAUUGGAUACGCUCAGCAACUCCAAGAUGUAGCAACUGGAUACGGUCAGCAACCCCAUGCUGCAGCAACUGGAUACGCUCAGCAACUCUAUGCUGCAACAACUGGAUACGCUCAGCAACCCCAAGAUGCAGCAGCUGGGUACGCUCAACAACCGUAUGGUCAAGCUGUUGGAUACACAACGCAAUAUGGUGUCCAGGCUGUUGGAUACACGCCUCAAUACAGUGCUCAAGCUGGUGCAUACAGUCAACAAGCUGUGGCGCAAGGUUCUGUGCCAGGGGCUCCCAGGACAACUGAUUGGAAUGCUGCAAGCCAGGCAUAUGCUGCAACAGGAGACUGGAAUGCGGUGAAUCAGUCUUACUACCAUCACACAGCAGAUACAACCACAACCUAUAAUCAGACAUCUUAAAAACUGGCAUGACAGAGAGGACCUCUGUUAACUCUCGUGAUCUGGAAAACAUGUGCGUGGUGGAGAAGCAUGGAUGUGAUCUAGUGCACUCACUGGAAAGAAUGGAACAAAGACAUAAAAGGUAGAGUCUCCAGCUCGUUUCCUCUUAUGUUAAAAAAAAAGGCUAUAACGGAUUAAGGUUUUUAUUUUCUCUAAAUCAUCAAAACUUAUUCAAAUCCCUAUUCAGAAGUGCAAUUUGAAAUGCAAUUACGAUGGGGAUAUGAAACGAAUAAACCAUAUUAGAACUCUUUUUAUUACAAGCUGUCCUAAAACAUUUAUAUUCUAGUAUGUUUGUGUUUAAUA